GUGCAGACCUCCAGCUCCGAGCUCCAACUUGUUCGGCUCUAGCUGCCAUUGUGAUCCGUGCAUAACUGGCGGGAGCCAGCGGGACGGGUCUCCGGGCUGGGGCCGGGUGAGGGAAGGGGGGUCUAGGGGCUUCACUCAGCCUGCCUUCAUGUGAACGCAGUCAGAAUCCAGCUCCAGCCCUCCUACGCACACGUGUGCACUUGUGCACCAUGCUACAGGCACACAGACAGAGCGAGUGAAGGGAAAGACCCAUCAGAGCUGCGGCAUCUGGGGACGCAGCCAAGCAGGGGGACACGGACGGCUGGGAGCACAGGCUGGCGGAGGUCGGGCUCACUCGCUGCCGGGCUCUGCACCUGGAGGACGGUCGCCGGGCCCCGGCCGGGCGAGGCAGCGUGGGGGAAUGGUGUCCGGAGGCAUGCAGAUCCUCGGCUUCAUCCUGGCACUGCUAGGGACCCUGGGGGCCACAGUGGCCACGCUGCUGCCCAACUGGAAGGUGAGCGCCGACGUCGGCUCCAACAUCAUCACAGCUAUCUCACAGAUGCAGGGCCUGUGGAUGGACUGCACCUGGUACAGCACCGGCAUGUUCAGCUGCACGCUCAAGUACUCGGUGCUGCUGCUGCCCGCCUACCUGCAGACGGCACGCACCUCCAUGGUACUCUCCUGCGUCCUUGCCACACUGGGACUCUGCCUGGCCGCCCUGGGGCUCAAGUGCACUCGCUGGGGGGGCAGCCGCAGGGCCAAGGGCCAUGCUGCCCUCGCCAGCGGCACGUGCUUCACCCUGGCCGGGGUCCUUUGCCUGGUGCCGGCGUCCUGGUUCACCAACGAGGUCAUCACCAGCUUCCUGGAUGCCAACGUGCCUGAGAGCAGCAAGUUUGAGCCAGGAGGAGCCAUUUAUGCUGCCUUCGUGUCUGCAGGCUUCCUGCUUACGGGAGGAGUCAUCUUCUGCAUCUCAUGCCCAGGGAAGAGUGAGAGACCCCAGGACUUUACUGCCUCACCUCCAGACAAACCUCUUCCUCAACCACCACUGGUCCACAGCCAGCUUCCCCAACCACCACUGGUCCACAGCCAGCUUCCCCAACCACCACUGGUCCAGGGCCAGCAUCUCCAACAGCCUCUGGUCCAGGGUCACCAUCUCCAGCAUCAGAUGGUCCAGGAGCAACUUCACCAGAGCGAACCCCACCACGGGCAGCACUAUGCCCCCGCUCCGCUCACCCUGAGGACAGGAUACGUCCUGCAAGAUUACGUGUGACCUUCCCGUCCAGGCGACGGGGACGUCUCAGCCCGUGCAUUAGCAAGGAGGCCGCUUAUCUUUUCAUCGCCUUUCCCUCCCCCCACCCUGCUUCAGCUCAUCCUCCACCAGAGAAGAGGCGGGAUGGACAGCCACAGCACUGGGGACGGGUAGCGAGUGCCGCCGGGAGGAAAGAGCCGCCCUCGGGGCUUCAGUUCCCGAGGCACCGUGCCAAAGGGGUUUGUAGGGAAUGCAUCUCUGUACGCUUGUAGAAAGUGCUGUGUUAUAUUUCUGACCGCGAAAUUGUCUGAUAAGCUAUGACUGGUUCUCUAUGUCGCAGCAAAUGACUUGGAUGACUGUUGUGAGGGUAACCAGCACUACUAGAUUUAUCUAGUUAGUGGGGUGCUUAGAAUUCCAUUUAGUUACUACAACUACAGCUUACUGCCUUAUUUCUGAAGGUGCGUUCUAUGCAGUUUAUCAUUUCUAAAUGGUGGUCUGUUUCUCCUCUUUUGUUAUAACGCUGUGUUCCGUCAUGGCUUGUACCUGUCCUAUGUAUGACUCGGCUUGACCCCCCACCGCUGCAUGGGAUGCAGUUUCGGACCACCCCAUGGUACCGGGAGGUCAUACACUCAUAACCUGCUGGAACUGAGCUCAGCUGUUUCCACACACGAUUAAGUUCCCGUAUUAUGUGCAGCGGAGUGAGAAAUCACUUAAUAAUCUGCUGUCCGUCACAGGCAGCCGCGCGCGAGGAACCAGCAGGCUGUGUUCCUGCCCAGGCUCUGAGCACAACUCUGGGUCUGGGCUCGGAGCAAAACAGAUAUAAAAGCGGGUCCGAAGACACAGUCCACACGUACAGCCGGAAAGGUCACCCUGGAUGGGACGUCGCUACCUCAUGGGUAACUGCUGACGGUGUGGGCAGCAGGAUAAUUAGGACAGACAGAGGGAGACACGACCCGACAACGUGGCCACUCCCUCCACAGGAGGAGAGGCUCAGUGGAGCGCAGCCCCAGAUAAUGCAGCUCUUUACCCCCCCCAUUAGAGUCCCCUCGGCUGGUCGCGCACCGCUCAUAAAUCCUGAAGCAGCCCCCACCCCCACCUUCACAGGCACUAAACACCAUGCACACACUUGGUCUCAUAAUACACAUCCAGCCCUGUGCUCUCUUCAGCCCUGUGCUCUCUUCAGCCCUGUGCUCUCUUCAUUAUGCUGUUAUAGGCUUUGCAUGAAGCGUCAUUCGAGACUAAGUCAGGGCAACGAUGUCAGGGGUGUCACUAUGGUUGGAAAAUUUAUAUUAAUCUGUUUAAAUUAGGGGUUCCCAACCCCCGGACUGGUACCGAGCUGAGGAACACUGGGGGUUUUGUGAAGGGUUUAGUUCAUUUCCAAAAAAUAAAAUACAUAUUUUUAUAUAUAAUAAUUUACAUCUUUUCGACCCCACGUCUAUGUGUUCCGAAAAAAUGGAAACAACUCAAUUCAUGAAACCACCGAUUCAUACGCCGGAUGUAUGACGUAAACCGGGUCACAUAAUCAAAAGGUUGGGAAACCCUAGUUUAAAUAAUAUGUUCUCAUUCAUUAUCAUUAAAUUCAUACCCCCUGGUAAAAGUUUUGCUCCCUUUUUCAUACAUCCCUAGUGAUUACCGUUAUAGCAACUGGUUUCCCCCUAAAAUUUUUGGCAUCCUUUAGAAAAUAGCAAUAUGUAUUUAGAAGAUACAGAUAGAUAUAGAUCCUGCGAAAGGCUGGGAGAUGAUUUCUGCAGUGCGAUUGAGCUGAUGGCCACGCACCGGCCCACUGCAUGCGCCAAAGGCUGUGUCCGAUGAGCUUGGCGGCAGGAGCUGACGCCAUCAUCCAUAUGCCCACCGCAUGCUCUGCCCGCGCCAGCUUGCAUGCUCCCUGCGCACUGCGCAAUCCACUGAGGCCACUCCAUCCCACUGUACCUCAGAUUGAGCUCGACACGCUCCCUGCUCGGAAACGUCAGUCUUCUAUUACCUAGAGCUGACAUCAUGACAAUCGUGUGUCUCCUUUAAUCAGUGUGGCGCUGACUGUGACAUCACUAACAGCACCAUCCACUCUGCCUCCAUCAUCUUCUUGCACUCUAACAUCUCUAACGUCACUCAGGAAGAGAGGGGAAACUGAAGGAGGUGUCGUUGCUUUCAAUGCACACUGAAACAUGCGCACAAUCACGAAUGUACUCCCUCGCACGGCAAGCUGCACGCGCUCUCAAACGUGUGAGUACAUGCUUGUGUAACAGUUGAGACGCUUGGGUAUGAGUGGGGCUGUAAUUCUGUGCUGUUCACCAGUGUGAUGUCCGGGACUAGGAUUGGCCAUGAGAGCUCAGCACCGGUACCAGGGCUUGGCACAGACGCUCUGCUGCCAUGGGUGACUGAGAGGCACUGCCAGGCUAACCGGCUGCUGGUAAGACCACCUCCCAGCUUGGCUCCUUUGCCGGCCGUCUGCCUGGGUAAGAGAGACAGUAGAACUUGGGUUAGCAUUCGGGUUAGAGUGAGAGGAGAUUUAGAAGAAAGGUGUAAAGUCUCAGAUCAGUCCCUUAGCUUGACUCACCAUGUUAUGCAACCCAGUCGCAAACUAUCCAGCCUGAUGGUGAUAUAGGGGUGGGUCCACUGUGAUUUCCAUGAAAGUGCCUGGCCUGCGUGUGCAUGUACGUCCCUGUUUAAAGUGUGUGUUCACUGCUGAUCUCAGCAACAUUGCCUUGAUGGGCAUGAAGAAAUUAGUUUUCCUGCAUGAUGCAAAGUAUUUUUGAAUGGGAGAGCCAUCUGACCACACAGCUACUUCAAAGCAGACAAAUCAACUCCUUCCCAGCUAUAGCCUUAGUCUAAUUGUGUAGUCCUUAUGUUUAUGGGCGUCCUUCUCAUGCCUGUCUACAAUAUCUGCCUGUUUAGGUGGAACUUUUACGUUCAGUAAAACCGCUAUGGUAAAACAAA